AUGCUGUCGGAGCAGGGAACUGCCGUCUUGUGCGUUCUUCCCGGCGCGGCCCUGCGUUUUCGAGCCGGUUUUCAAGUGGAAACCGAAGAGCAGGGCGGGGCCGGGCUGCCCGGGGCGCCGCUGGGGCCGGAGCGGGGCCGUGACGCCAAGCGGCCACGCGGGGGCAGCCGCUGCCCGGACACGUGCAAAUGGCGGCGGCGUGACGGCGGGCGGGGGCGGGCGGGGGCGGGCGGUCCGCCCUGCCGCAGGGGGCGCUGCCGCCGCCCGGUGCGGUGCCCGCGGCGUGGCGGGGCGCGGCGCAGGAUGCUGAGCCGCCUGCAGGAGCUGCGCAAGGAGGAGGAGACGCUGCUGCGGGUGAAGGCGGCGCUGCGCGACCAGCUCACCCGCCUCAAGGUGGAAGAGCUGGCGCUGCAGUCCAUGAUGAGGUCCGGGGAGGAGAGCGUAGCAGCCUCUUCGUCUGCUGCGGAGGAGACACAAACGGGAGGUGGAGAAAAGCCUCCUUUCUGCUGGCGUAGCUUCAGUUUGCCGCUCAUUAAGUGUUGUGCCGAUACUCUUCAAGUGUUUAAACCAACCAAUGGUGGAGGCACAGCUUCCAUCUGAACUUACAAAAUGUAUGGCCAGCCUGAACUAGGCGAAGCUCUUCUGUGAACCGGUGCUUGUCAGUGUGAUGGGCUCUUGCAGUCAGGCAGCAGUUCUAGCAAUGAGGUUCUAAACGACCCUGUGACUGUGCAGUUUUAAUAGCAAUUGGAGAAGCAUUCAGUAUCGCUGCUCGUUUUGAUAAUUUGCAAGAUAAACUUUUUUAUUG